UUCCAGCCAAAAUCAUCUUCCUGAGAGACGCUGUGCCGCAGCACAACUGGUGCUUCCCGUUCGCUGUGGAUGGCAAUCCAGAGGCAAAGAUCAGCUGGCUGUACAACGGCUUCCUAAUCAGAGAAACCAAAUACCUCUACAGCCAGUUCAUCCCUGACUCAAAUGACGGGUCGGUAAAACACGGCUGCCUCUUCCUCAACAAGCCCACCCACAUCAACAAUGGGAACUACACGCUGAUUGUGGAGAACAGGCUUGGCAGGGACGAGGCCACGGCUAUUGGAAUGUUUAUGGACAAUCCUUUUGAUCCGUCGGAUCCAGAGGGGAAAAUUCCAGUUCCUAAUGAGAAUCAAAGUCCAACAAACAAACCUGAUAUGGACGUUACAGAGAAUUCUGAGAGUCGGGUGUUUGUGGUAUGUCUGUGUUUUCAAAAUAUCCCCUAA